UACUUAUUUCUUGUGAUGGAGGAAGCCAACAUCGAGUCACGAGACUCGGGUAUCAUGGAGCUCAUUCUCGACAUCAGCCAUGACCUGAUCACAGCUUUUGUGAGGAAGAAUCUUGCUUUGAUGUCAUUCGAGACAGGUGACCUACGACCUUCGAACGUGACAACAAUAGCAGGAAUCGAGACCGUUGAUUCAGUCAAUGAGCCUAAUCCGACGGUGCUGAUCGGAAGUUGGAGUGCUAGGGUUGCCGAUAACCUGUCGAGCAGCCGUAUUCUUCCGACUCUACGGUCGUCGUCGUUCUCACGUCGGUCUCGAUCUCGAGCGUGUGGUUUUGUGAUACGCGAUCGAGAUGGACGCCCUCGACUCCGCCGUCGACCCCUUGAGGGAGUUCGCCAAGGACAGCGUCCGCCUCGUCAAGCGGUGCCACAAGCCCGACCGAAAGGAGUUCACGAAGGUGGCCAUCCGUACAGCGAUCGGGUUCGUGGUGAUGGGAUUCGUAGGGUUCUUCGUCAAACUCAUAUUUAUCCCGAUCAACAAUAUCAUCGUCGGUUCCGGUUAGGUCGCGGGAUAUAACGAAUUGGGUGUUUCGCAAUUGUAGGACAACAAAAAUGUCUCUGCCAUCGUAGAAGAGUUUGCUGGUUUUGUCUUCCAGCAUUUUAACCGUCAAAGGCACAUUUUGGGGGAACAUUUGUUGGUUUUUACCCAGAAUCUGCUAUGAAGCCUACUACCAAAAAUAAUAGUCUUAGCAUAUCAUAGCUGCGACUCAUCUGUUGGGCUUAAAAAAUUAUUUUCUCAGCCUCCUCGGCCUUUUCCAUUACUAGGGAAUAAGAUAUGCUUAGGACAUUCAUUAUCA